AUGUAUGGUAUAUUUUUGAAGGCAGUGACCUAUGAUGAUGUGCACAUCAACUUCAAUAAGGAAGAGUGGGAUUUGCUGAAUCCUUCCCAGAAGAAUCUCUACAAAGAUGUGAUGCUGGAGACCUAUAGGAACCUAUCUACUAUAGGAUACACUUGGGAAGACCAUAACACCGAAGAGCAUUGUCAAUGUUCUAGAAGAUAUGCAAGACAUCAAAGAAUACAAACUGGAGAAAAACCCUAUGAAUGUAAUCAGUGUGGUAAGGCCUUUGCACAUCAUAAUCAUCUUCAAUUGCAUAAAAGAACACAUACUGGAGAGAAACCUUGUGAAUGUAAUCAGUGUGGUAAGGCCUUUGCACAAGAGAGUAAUCUUCAAAUCCAUAAAAGAACACAUACUGGAGAUAAAAACUAUGAAUGUAAUCAGUUUGAUAAGGCCUUUGCACACCACAGUAAUCUUCAAAGCCAUAAAAGAACACAUACUAGAGAGAAACAUUAUGAAUGUAAUCAGUGUGAUAAGGCCUUUGCAUGUCACAGUGAUCUUCAAAGACAUAAAAGAACACACACUGGAGAGAAACCCUAUGAAUGUAAUCAGUGUGGUAAGGCCUUUGCACGACACAGUACUCUUCAAGUGCAUAAAAGAACACAUAGUGGAGAGAAACCCUAUAAGUGUAGUCAGUGUGGUAAGGCCUUUGCACAUCUCAGUCAUCUUCAAAGGCAUAAAAGAACACAUACUGGACAGAAACACUACAUAUGUAAUCAGUGUGGUAAGGCCUUUACACGACAUAAUCAUCUUCAAUAUCAUAAAAGAACACAUACUGGAGAGAAACCUUAUGAAUGUAAUCAGUGUGGUAAGGCCUUUGCAUGUCACAGUGAUCUUCAAAUGCAUAAAAGAACCCAUACUGGAGAGAAGCCCUAUGUAUGUAAUGAGUGUGGUAAGGCCUUUGCACAGAACUUUGCUCUUCAAUACCAUAGAAGAACACAUAAUGGAGAGAAACCCUAUGAAUGUAAUCAGUGUGGUAAGGCCUUUGCAAAACACAGCAAUCUUCAAAGGCAUAAAAGAACACAUACUGGAGAGAAACACUACAUAAGUAAUCAGUGUGGUAUGGCCUUUGCACAACACAGCCAUCUUCAAAGGCAUAAAAGAACACAUACUGGAGAGAAACCCUAUGAAUGUAAUCAGUGUGAUAAGGCCUUUACACAACACAGUACUCUUCAAGUGCAUAAAAGAACACAUACUGGAGAGAAACCCUUUAAAUGUAAUCAGUUUGGUAAGGCCUUUGCACAUCUCAGUCAUCUUCAAAGGCAUAAAAGAACACACACUGGACAGAAGCCAUAUGAAUGUAAUCAGUGUGGUAAGGCCUUUGCACAACACAGCAGUCUUCAAAGGCAUAAAACAACACAUACUGGAGAG